AUCGUGAAUCACACGAAACUUCUCCAUUCCUUCACCUAACAAGACCAUAGCAUAAUUUCCCUCUCUCUCUCUUUGCUCCCUCUUCACUUCUACUCCACCCCUUCUUUAAAUUAAUAUAUCUUCAUUAUUAUCCUUCUUACAUAGCUUCACUUCAACUAACACCCACUCUCCACUAUAACCUAAAAACACCCCCGAAAAAAAUAACAUGUCGGUGAAGGAGUGCGAGCACCACAAGGGGAAGAAGAGAAAGAUCUUCAGGCGAAUAUUCUGGGGCAUAGUGGUGUUCCUCUUUAUCGUUUUGGUUCUAAUCCUUCUCAUAUGGGCAAUUCUAAGACCCACCAAGCCUUCUUUCAUUCUCCAAGACGUCACCGUUUAUGCCUUCAACGCCACCGUACCAAACUUCUUAACCUCCAAUUUCCAAGUCACCCUCACCUCACGCAAUCCUAACGACCGCAUCGGAAUUUACUACGACCGUCUCGACACCUACGUCAAUUACCGGAGCCAGCAAAUCACCUACCGCACCGCCAUCCCUCCGUCGUACCAGGGCCACAAGGAGAUCGACGUUUGGUCACCGUUUGUUUACGGCACCAACGUCCCCGUCGCACCCUUCAACUUCGAAGGUCUCAGCCAGGACCAGACUAACGGUAACGUCCUCGUCAUCGUUAAAAUUGACGGCAGAGUCCGCUGGAAGGUCGGCACCUUCAUCUCCGGUCGUUACCACCUCUACGUCCGGUGCCCGGCGUUCAUCAGUUUCGGCCCCCAUAGUAACGGCAUCUCCGUCGGUGAGAACACCGUUAAGUAUCAGUUAGUCCAGCGUUGCUCCGUUAGCGUUUGAACUUCGAACUUAAUCAAAUUUUAGUGUUUUACUUUUACAUACGUACUCUCUUAUUUCAUUGUAUUUUAUGCGUCCGUACGUAUUUUUAUACUGUUAUACUACGUGUACGUGUUUGUGUAUGAAAUUGAUCACUGUGCCUUGCCUUAGGUAUUUGAAUUGUACAUUUUGCUAUAGAAAUGUGAAACUGACGAAAGGGUCAGAGAUAUAGCAAAAUUACAAGUUGUAACAUGCCAAUAUAAUUGAGAUACUAUGGCAAUAAAUUUUAUUGUUUCAAGUCGGAUAACAAAUGAGUGUAUGAUGAAGCAUACGGU